GUUCCUCUCUCUCUCUCUCUCUCUCUCUCUCUCAGUUUAUCCACUGCCCUUUCUCUCCCAUGCUUCCAAGCUUCAACCGCUUUCUCUCUCCAGCAAUCUCAUCUCUUGUUCGUUGCCAUCACACCCAAUACUCAAGGCUUCCCAAUAUCAGUCAAUCUGGAUCUCGAGAAUGGCAGGGGAAGGGGAAUGUAGGACGUUGAUAGGUGCAGCGACAUGGAAAUCCUUGGAGAUCACAGGGGUUUCUCUCUCGGCCUUUCAGAAAAGUUUAUUGGGAAAAAUAAAUUCUUCCAAUUGUGUGCAAAAAUUGGUUUCAAGACAAAAAUCUAAGCGAAGAGAGACAAACUGAACAAGUCUAGACCAAAAACAGUAAUGGGGUUAGAAAUUACUCCAGUUGAGAUAGAUACGUCUCCAAUAUCUGCUACUGUUACUAUAACUGAAACAUCCAACAGUACUACAAUAUCAGAACACCACAGUCAGAGAGGAAAAACUAUAUGGAGGAAGGUCUUAGAUGUGAAGGAAGCCAAGAAACAAGUUUCCAUCUCUGUGCCUAUGAUCAUUACUAACUUAUCCUUCUACCUCAUCACAUUGGUGUCAGUAAUGUUUGCUGGUCGCUUAGGACAGUUGGAGCUUGCAGGAUCCACCUUGGGCAACUCUUGGGCAACUGUUACUGGAAUUGCACUCACGACAGGUCUGAGUGGGGCACUAGAGACUCUUUGUGGUCAAGCAUAUGGAGCAAAUGCUUACAGGAUGUUAGGAAUUUAUUUACAAUCAUCAGCAAUCAUAUCUUUCAUAUUCUCAGUUGUUGCAUCCAUUUUGUGGUUCUUCUCAGAACCCAUACUAGUUUUGCUUCAUCAAGAUCCUCAAGUAGCACAAGUUGCCAGCAUCUAUUUGAAGUGCUUGAUUCCAGGGCUAUUUGCAUAUGGCUUUUUACAAUGCAUCCUCAGAUUUCUCCAAACACAAAGUGUUGUUAAACCACUUAUUGUUUGUUCACUGGUCCCACUGGGUAUCCAUAUUGGCUUAACAUAUCUAUUAGUUCACUUGACUCCUCUUGGUUUUAAGGGAGCACCAGUAGCAGCAGUACUAUCCUUAUGGCUAUCAGUUUUUAUGUUGGCUUUCUACCUGAAGUACUCAGUGAAAUUCAAACUUACACUGGAAGGUUUUUCAAUGGAGUCCAUUCAUCAUUUGCUUCCCAACAUGAAGUUGGCACUCUCUUCAGCAGUGAUGGUGUGCUUGGAGUUUGGUGUGUUUGAACUUCUAGUAUUACUUGCCGGAUUGAUGCCGAAUUCAGAAACCAAGACUUCACUAAUAGCAUUGUGUGUGAUCACAGAAACUGUCUCAUAUAUGUUGACCUCUGGACUGAGUGCAGCUGUGAGCACUCGCGUUUCGAAUGAGAUUGGGGCUGGAAAUAUCAGUCAUGCAAAGAAAGCCAUGAUAGUGACAAUAAAGCUCUCCGUUGUUCUUGGUCUAACAAUUAGUAUAUCUCUGAUUGUGGCUCACAAUCUAUGGGUCAGCUUCUUCAGUAAUAGCUAUUUAUUAAAGGAUGAAUUUGCUUCUAUCACCCCCUUACUUGCAAUCUCAAUGUUACUAGACUCAGCACAAGGCAUUUUGUCAGGGGUGGCUAGAGGGUGUGGAUGGCAGCAUUUGGCGGCAUUGACUAACUUUGCGGCCUUCUAUAUAAUUGGCACACCAAUUUCUGUGGUCCUUGGGUUUAAGGCUGGCCUAUACACAAAGGGCUUGUGGAUUGGACUGAUUUGUGGGCUCUAUUUCCAAUGUUGCAUACUCUUAGUGAUUACAUUCUGUAACAAGUGGACUCAAGUGAAGCUUUCUGAACAUUGACCGUGAAGACUUAUGUAGCAUACACAAAGAAAAGUUUCUCAGUUUUAGCUAGCUAGGCACAUAAAUAUUGACAACCCAAAAACUAGCAAGAACAUUUUUGCAUGGAAAAAACCUAUAACCAUGCAAAAUUGCAGCUUCCUUGGCUAGAUUCUUGUAAAAAUGAGAUUUUAGUGUGAAAUAGCAUAUAUGAAUGAAAGUUUUCUACUCA